UUAAUGGAACAAUUACUCUAACUCCAGUGGUGGCCGGACGUGUGAUAUUACUCGUAGUGUUGUUUUACCUCUCGUACCAUGGUAUAUUGUAUGCAGCAUCACUCUGAGAUUGAUGAGUCGCUGGUGUAAGUGAGGAAUGCCGUGACAGAGUGCACUAACUAGGCUGUGGCGAGCAGGAAAAAAAUGAUAUAACCAGAUUGAUUGUUGUGGAUUCCGUUGUCAGCACCAUUCAAGAAUGACUACAGAAAAAAAGAUGAAGUCCACAAUGGGGGAUCAACCCAAAAUUAUGGUGUUUCGGCCAACUUGGGAAGAGUUUAAAGACUUUACCUCGUACAUUACCUAUAUAGAGUCCCAAGGAGCCAACAAGGCAGGAUUAGCAAAGAUCAUCCCACCACCAGAGUGGUGUCCUCGCAAAAGUGGCUAUGACUUGGACUCUCUGGAUCUCACAAUUCCUGCUCCUAUUUGCCAGGUUGUGACUGGCAAACAGGGACUCUACCAACAGAUUAAUAUUCAGAAGAAGCCUAUGACUGUUAAGGAGUUUAGUAAAUUGGCAAACAGUGAUAGGUAUCGAACACCAAAACAUUCAUCAUUUGAAGAUCUGGAAAGAAAGUAUUGGAAAAAUAUUACUUAUGUUUCCCCUAUUUAUGGAGCAGACGUGUCAGGCAGCAUUACAGAUCCAGAUGUCAAGGAAUGGAAUAUCAACAGCUUGGGGUCUAUUUUGGAUUAUGUUAAUGAGGACUAUGGUAUUAGCAUUGAUGGUGUAAACACAGCAUACCUCUACUUUGGCAUGUGGAAGACCACAUUUGCCUGGCACACAGAGGAUAUGGAUUUGUACAGUAUUAAUUAUCUCCAUUUCGGAGCACCGAAGACGUGGUAUUCCAUACCUCCUGAGCAUGGUCGUAGAUUGGAAAGGUUGGCAAAUGGCUUCUUUCCAAAUUCUUUCAAAGCUUGUCCAGCUUAUCUUCGCCAUAAGAUGUCCCUCAUGUCACCCCAAAUUCUCAAACAGUAUUCCAUCCCAUUUGACAAGAUAACACAAGAGGCUGGAGACAUCAUGAUAACAUUUCCAUAUGGCUACCAUGCAGGCUUUAACCAUGGAUUUAAUUGUGCUGAGUCAACUAAUUUUGCUAUGCCUCGUUGGGUUGAGUAUGGCAAGCGUGCCACUCAGUGUCAGUGCCGUGGUGACAUGGUGAAGAUAUCCAUGGACACAUUUGUGAAGCGAUUUCAGCCAGAUCGAUAUGAGCUUUGGCUGGCUGGCAAAGACAUAGGCCCUCACCCAGAAGACCCCACUCGAUCUUCUGCUGCUGCUCAGCCUUCCAUAAAUGAUGUGCUUUGCAACAAAAAGCACAGUUGUAAGUGUUGGAGCCGCAGAAUGUACAGCCAUGGAGGGAAGAUAGAGCAGCUGAUUGAUUGCUGCCGAGAAUCGAAGUGGCUCAAUGAUCUUGAAGCUGUGGCUUGUGGGCUGGAUGAAGUAGCCACGCUCCAUCUCUCCCUACCCCCUGCUCUCUCUCUCCGACCAAUCUCUCCCACCCCAAUAGUUCCUCCUGUCCCUGCCUACCUGCCAUUUACCCUGUAUCAGGAAGAAACACCUAAGCCAGAUAAGGUGGCUCACAGCUUUCCCACAUUCUAUCCUACUCCUUCACCAUCUCUAGGUCCCAGACCACUAAUUGGUUAUCAUUGUUCAAUGUGCAAUGAACUUGUUGAUAAAAGAGCAUUUAUCCAGCAUAUGAAGGACCAUGCCAAAAAUAAAGUGCCUACUAAACAUUAUUGUUCUCUGUGUGAUAAGUAUUACUCAUCUUGUAAUAAUUUAGGCAAGCAUUUCAAGAAGCUACAUCCAGAUAAAAUGGUUCCUAAAUCAGUAGAGCCUCGGUUGGAACUUUCGGAGCUUCCUCAGCCCUCUCCCUUGAGUGAUUAUGGAACUCUUAGCCCAGCAUCUCUAUCAGAGCCUGAGUCUCCCUCCUCACCAUCCACUCUUCUUUCGCCUUCAGACUCUGAGUCUAGUAAUGCUAGGAUCCCCUCUCUGCACACUGAUUUCUCAGCAUUAGCAGGAAAUACUUUAGUUGCCAAACAGAAUAAUCUCAAAAAGAAAGGCAUUUUACAGAAAGGAAAUAUUAGUGCGCACUCAAAAUUUGAAGCUAUAGAUCCAGAAAUGCUUGCUCUAGCAGAGUCAUGCAUACAACCCUCUUUUAGUGGGUCAGUGAUCACAGCAUCCUGUGAUCCAGAACUUGGUACAUGCGUAUCUAUUGUAGAUGACAGAGUCCAUGGAGACACAAACUUCAGUUCGGAAAACCACACUGUUCAUUUAACAGUACCAUGUAAUAAAGUAUUAGGUAAAGAUUUUGUUUGUUUAAUCCCAUCCCAUAGUAAGAAAGUAGACCCAGCAGCUGUGCUGUGUCCUUUAAACCAUCCAUACAAUGAGACUGUAAACCCAGAUGAACAUUCAUUUUGUUCAACUCCACCACAUAGGACAAGGUCAGAUCAUAUACUUUGCUUAACCCCACUGCAUAACAAAGCAGUACAUGAAGAUCAGUUAGCUCAAUUAACCCCAUUGUGCAGACAGCUUACAAGCUCAGAAGAUCAUUUGCUCUGUAUAACCCCAUCUCAUAGCAAACUUGCAAACUCUGAUAAUUUAGUUAAUGUAACCCCACUACAGAGCAAAACUAUUGAUUUGUCUGCAACUUGUGAAGAGUAUAGUUAUCAAGAACCACUUGAUUUGAGUUGUUCGAGUUUUCCCAUAAAUGCUAUGGAGGAUAUUGAAGGUGACAUAAUUGAGCCUUAUGAUGAGAUUGAUAAAGAAUGUUUUUUAAUUCAUUCAGAAGCAAAUAAGAUGGAAAAAAAUUCUGAGACUGAUAAAGCAGUAGUGGCUAGUAAACAGUAUAAUUUUGCUUCAAAACAGUCCUUACAAAGUGUUAGUGAUGCAGUAAUAGAAAUUAAAGAGUUACCAAAUAAGAAAAUGAGAAUUGAGUCUGUGAAUAUUAAAGAAAAUAUUUUGCAAGAUACGGAAAUAACCAAAAAAUCUUUAAAUAAACUAGAAAAUGAUUGGAAGGUACCAUCACUAAUAGAAAUUUAUAGAGAUCUACUUUUUGAAGUAAAUGAAGAAUAUUUUGGUGUUAAAAAUGAAUUAUCCUGUAGGAAAGUAACUUGUGAUGGAGUCAUGUGUGAAACACAUGAGCAUUAUACUUACACAACACUUGCCACCCCUCCAAAUGAUAAAAGUGACUGGGACAAAUAUUUUGACCACGAGUGUGAUGGACAGGUUUGUGCUCUUUGUGGAAUGUUUUGGAAAUACCUAAAAUCAAGACAUUAUGAAGAUGAAACCGACACUGAUUCUGUUGAUAUGGACUUAGCAUCUGUGUGUUCCUCAAACACAGAUACAGCUACAGAAAAUGAAAUGAUUCAUCUUUCUGAUGGUGAAAUGGAAGAGCAGAAUAAUUAUGUUUCUCACUAUGAUGCUGCAAAUUUUAACAAUACUCCCCAAGAAUUUCAUUGUGCAUCACCUGGUGUGACACGCUUCAGAUUUUGUAAGCAAAUGCCACAAACAUUUCACUAUCAACCAAAGUCUUUUCCUUUAAAGAGAAAGAAAUCCAUGCUUCAUAAAAAGAGGAAGAUACAUACUAGAGUUUCCUUAAAGGACAGAAAUCAAGAUAAAGCAACAGAAUUGUGUUUAGGGUCAGAGGUCUGUAUAGGUUGUGCUGAAAUAAAUCCCCUUACAUUUUGGCCUGGCUGUUGGCCUAUGAUGGUAAUGCCACAACAUUUUGGCCAGUUUAUGAAUCCUGAAUCUAAAAAGUUUUUUAAAAUUGACAAGGCAUCAUUUCCUUCCUGUCUUAAGCAACCCCUCCCAAGAAAAAGAGCUAAACGUCAUCCAUUCAUCAAAAUAAAAGAAGAGGGUUUGUAUUCCAUGGUAAGAGGGGGACAAAGAGCUCUCGCAUUUUUUGGAGAAUCUAUGCCAAAGCAGGAGAAUCAUAAGACGUACCUGUCCAUCCCUCCCUACUGCCCAGAUUCUGCAACAGCAGAGCCAGAAUAUAUUCCAGGAAAACGCAGUUAUUCUAAUAUUUCUGGAUUGUGUACAAAGAAGAAUAAAAAACUGGACGGUGAAAAGGGUGGCAUUCCCUCAGCCAUGGCUGAACAAGAUGGCCUUACAAUUAAAAGUGAGGAGAAUGCUGGUAAUAGAGACAAAGAGAGUGGUCUUCAACAUGCGUUAAAUCAAGCUAUGACUGAUAUUGAGGGGUUGAUGGAUGUGAAGCCAAGAGCCCCCAUUAGGGUUGGUAAUGCAAGACCUAGAGUCAACAGGCCCAAAAUGCAAAGAACAAAUAUGAUGAAACCUCAAAGAUAUAAUUAUGGUAAAUAUGUAAAAAAUGCAACUGGAGCAUACACAAUUAUGAACAAUCAUAGAUUCCAGUUAACGCACUAUCCAGAGUCUCCAGAAGACCUAUAUGAGAAAUUACGUUUAGCAGGAACAACUAUCACAAGACCCGUUAGUUCAAAUAAUGGAAAUUCACCUCAAAAGAUUGUAAAUCAGAGGCCUAUGCCUCCAGUAAAACGUGAGAUUAGUGUUCAGAAUCGUGCACUACAACCUGGUAUCCCUGGAACCUCUGGCACGUUUCGAAUGAAGGCACCAUCUGCCCCGGAGGCGAUUGCGAGGAAAUUUUUACCUGCGUCAUCAUCUGUUGUUGUGCAAUAUAGACCCCAUGUCAAUCCGAGAGGUCGACCACCUAAGUCGAAAGUUCCUGGGCAGAGAACUCCAGUACAGAAAAUUCAUCCAAAUAUGCUUAUGAGACCUAACAUUCCAAAUUUCCCUGCGCAGGGAGGUGCCCAGAAAUCCUCUGGAUUCACAAGUCCUGGAAUUCCAAAACAGUUCCCUGCCAAUAUUGGAAAAGUAGUGCUGGAUCCAAAAAAGAUGCAGCUGCAACAGAAUAAAUCUACAAAUCCGGGAGAAAUUGUAUGCACCCCUGACGUACUUGGAUUGCUUGCAUCAGUGUCGGAGGCUGAGAAAAGCAUGAAACAGCCUACUUCCCAAACUCCUGUAAAACCACCUGAAGGAGUAUUUGAGAUGUCAGAGAAUGUAUCACGACAAAUGCAGUUACAAUCUCCAGUCCAGCAACAGUCUCAGACUUCCAUCCAUCCACAAUCACAAAGUCUUGAUCAUGAAACAGCCUCAACUUCAAAUGACAUUGCACUACCAUCCCUAAAUGAAUCUUUAAAAUCAGAAGAGGAGCACGUUUUAAAACCAAAUGAAUUGCAGGCUCCAAAAUCGGAACAUCAACAGGAUCUGAAACCUGAAGAGAAGGAGACUUUAAAAUAUACUGAGGAUGAAUACUUACAAAAACCAGUGAAGGAACAGAUUUUAAGCACUCUUGAGAAUACAGCUUCUCAACAGUUGGAAGGACAAGGACAAUCUAUGCAACAAGAGUCUACAAACUGUGAAGAAAACAAACCACCAGUAGAAAAGAUGGUGACAGAUAUGGAACAUGUUUUGAAACCAGAGGAGGAGCAAAUGUCUGAAGUGAAGGAAGCAGAUAUGUUGAAUUCAAAAGAUGAACAUUUAAUACCUCAGGUACACAACAGAGCACCUUCACCUGAACCUAAAGAAUUGCAGAUGCCAGUAGCCUUGCAGACUCAAGCACGAUCGCCCCAACAAAACCUUGAGUUAGCACCUCAUCAUGUUCAGGCACCAUUACCUUUUCAGACCCAGUCAUCAUCCAUGCAUACUGAGGCAUCAGGCUUACCUACUUACACCCAAGCAUCAGAACCUAGUUAUACCCAGCCAUCAGAGCCUAUUCACACACUACCAGCAACCCCUAUUCACACGCUAGCAUCAGACCCUGUUCACACUCAGGCAUCAGAACCACCUAUUCACCCCCAGGCCUCAGAACAUCCUAUUCACCCCCAAGCCUCAGAACAUCCUAUUCACCCCCAAGCCUCAGAACAUCCUAUUCACCCCCAAGCCUCAGAACAUCCUAUUCACCCCCAAGCCUCAGAACAUCCUAUUCAUCCCCAAGCCUCAGAACAUCCUAUUCACUCCCAGGCCUCAGAACAUCCUAUUCAUUCCCAGGCCUCAGAACAUCCUAUUCAUCCCCAGGCCUCAGAACAUCCUAUUCACCCCCAGGCAUCAGAACCUAUUCACCACCAAGCAUCAGAACAUCCUAUUCAUCCUCAGGCAUCAAUUCCCAUGCAUUCAGUCAUGGCAGCUCAAGAGCCAACACCUGAGCACACACAAGCACAGCCAAUGUUGCAAACCCCAGUACAUUCAAUUUCAGAGGCACAAGUCUCAUCACCAAUGCAGUCAGUACCUUUUACUGUGCCUCUACAAAUGCAACCACCAUCUAUGCAUGGGCCACCACUGAACCCCAUUAUUCCCCAGUCUCUGUCUCACAUGCAUUCUCACAUGCUAUCCUCAAUGCACACCCCUUCAUUGCCACCUGUACAUCCUCAGCUACUGACCCCAAUGCCUGCGCACACACUCGCAACCAUGCAUUCACAGUUACAUCCCACCAUUCACCUGCCUCAUAUGCCAGCUCCCAUGCACAUGCAUCUUCAGACACCGCCACACUCAUCUCACCAAACCUCUGCACAGCUCCCGUUCAUGCAAUCCCUGUCCCAUAUGUCACCCAGUGAUACUUCUAAGGCAGCAUUACAGCGGUUUUCACAUAGCCCAGACUCACAAGCAGUGUCCAGAUAGAAGAUUUCACCUUCCAAUCAAAACCGUACAAAUGGAUAUUAGACUUAGAUAUUGUUUGAGGUAGGUAAAUGUAUAGAAUAAAUAACUGUGAAUGUCCAAUGUAAGGGAGUAGUGUAUUUUUUUCAGGUUAGGUCUUCAGUUUAAGUAUGCUAUUUUCUAGUAUUAUAUGAAUAAGCUAGAAAAACACUUAAGAUAAAUCUAUAGAAUUUGCUGUAAAUUUUCUUCUGUUUCUCAACAGAUAAAAUAAUUUUGGUGGGUUAUUCAUAAUAGCCGAAUUGCAUGCUACCUCAGUGCAUAGGUUUUGUUUUUGCAAAACCAGAUCUUUCACAUUUGUGACAUUUUAAACAUGCAAAUAAAAAUAUAUGAUGGCAAUAUGUAUUGUUGUUAGAAUAUUAAUGAUAACAGUAAAGCACUGGUGGAAUUGAAGAGAAUGAAAUUUAAAACAUAAGACCUAAUCUAGCUUAUUUAGUUUGUGUUUAGAAUUGUGUGAAAAUAAGCUUUGUAGUUAAUAAAAUUAUAGAUUGACGAGUUUUACACUUCAGGAAAUGCUUAUGAGAGAAAAGUAUUUUAGAACUUUGACAAAGACUGUUAAAUGAUUUGUGGAACUUAUUUGAUCUCAUGACUGGAACUAGUUAUAAAUUUUUUUUUAACUGGUAAUAUGCUUUUCAUACUGUUAGUCGUUUUGCAUCUGGAUUGAGUUAAGGUAAUUACUAUGUCCAUUAGCUGUAUAGAAAAUUACUAUUAGAUAUUGUAUAUAAUUUAUUAAUUUCUGUAAUUCACAUUUCCCAGAUGAAAAUUCUCUUCAUUGUUAAUUGCUCCAUCAUUAAUUUGCAAAAUGUAAUGGGUUUUAUAGUUGCUUUGACAUUCACAGUUUUAUCAUAAAACAUCUGUACGACUUCUCUAGGAUCAUUAUGGACUGCCCCACAUCCUUUUUUUUUAUGUACCCAUUUGAAUGUACCUGUAAAUCUUCAUUUCUUAUUUCAUCAUUCUCAAAAUCUCAUUUUGCUAUUGUCAUUUUGUAUUUGUUUGAUUUUUUUUGUUUAAUUCUUAGAGCAUAUAACCUAAAUGUCUUUUGUGUUGAAGAUGUGUUUGAAAGUUACUGUGAUGCUGGAUAAUGAGUUCAUCUAGUAUUAUUAAAUUUGUUUCUGCUGCUUAGAUGAUAGCAAAGCCAAGUAGAAUUUUUCUAGGUUUUGGAGAUAUUUUAUCUCGCUGAUGUAGAGAGACAGCGAGAUGUUCCUGGAAGAUCUCCCUCUGAGGAGAGUGCCUUGAUGCUGAUAAGAGGCUCUUGACCCAGGGAAUUGGAGCUACCCUUUCCUUUCCUGGAUUGAACUUUAUUACUUCAUAUUUCCCAAGCACUGUAUGGACCCCUACAGGCUUGAUGAAUCCCCACAAAAAUAUUUACUGAAAGUUCUACAUGGUGGCUACAUCAGGAGGGAACAAGGUGUCAAAUACAGAAAUGUGGAUAAUAGAUAUAUAUUGAACUUAUGGUAACCAGUAUUGCAGUAACAAGCUUUGUUAGUACAUCAUCACUUAAUUUAUUUUUUUUUUUAAAUUCUGCUGGUAUCUAUUUGAUUAAAAGUAGGUAGAAUAUCUUGUAAAAUGAACUUUUACCUGCACUUCUACAAAGACUGGUAUUAAGAGCAGUGACCUUGGACUGAAAUAGGAUAUUUUCUCUUCAACCUAGGUGAGCAUUCCUCCAAUAUGUGUGAGUUCUCCAUGUUCUUCAGAAUGUUCAAUAUGUAAUAGGAAGGAUUGUAACUGGAAAUGUUUAUUUGGAAGGGAUGAAGUUAAAAUAUCAGAACUUUGUCAUCCUUGGUCAUUGUUUUCUCCUUAGUAAAGAUAAUGAAAUAUGAUGCACCUCGUGAGUGUAAGUCAAGUGCAUUUGCAUGUUUUUGGUACUUUCAUUAUACAACAAGAGUUUUCAUUAAUCAUAAAAUCAUGUUAGAGACAAACACAAUCACUGAAAUCUCAUUUGUCCUACACUCACUUAGUGCCCUUAGGAUAGUGAAUGUAAUUUAUUGUGUUGAACUGACUGGCAGAAAUAUCACCAUACCCACAAACCUGUAUAUAGUGAAACUUGUCACAUAAUUUCAUUAAAAGAGAUAAUCCAUUUUA